AAUGAGAAUAUAUGCCCUGUUUGUGCUGUUGAUGUAUGCCACAGCAUUGAAUUUCGAGGCAUCUUUGAUGUCCCAUACCUUAGCGGAAGUAGACGCUUUAGACACUUCACAAUUGAAUUGCUAAACUCCUAGAUCUCAUUUUGAAGAUUUGGAAGAAACUUUAACUCAAUGGUAGUAAGUUUUGGAGAACAAGGAGCGCAUUCCAUCGCAUAUUGAGACUCUAACUCAAAUGAAGCAUCUAAUUAAACAUAAAAAGUAUGAGCAACUAGUUGAAAAGAUUAAAGAUUUAGAUCUCAUUUCACCUCCUGUGCUUUCUGAAUUAUAAAGCAAAUUAUAAGGAUUGCAAUCUCAUGGUAAAUUAAAAUUUCAUUCUUAUAGACAGACAUGAAAGAGAAGAGUGUACAGAAACAUUAACAAAAUUGUGUGCUUAUCUUAUUAAAUAAAUGAAUAAUGUUCACUAAUAAUGCCAAUAAUCCCCAGUUACAGUCAUUAAAGUCAAAGGUAAGAUCGAGGAUCUCAAGAUUAUCUAAUCUGGAUGCUAAUAAGCAUGUCAACCAACUUGUCCAGAUGAGCCUGCUCCAGAAGCACCCUCAGAAGCUCCAAGUGAAGAAUUUACUGAAGAGCCAGUUGAAGAAGGUGUUCCUCCAACAACUCCUGAUGAUUAACCAACCCCUGAUGAUUAACCAACCCCUGAUGAUGAACCAACUCCAGAUGAUAAGCCAACCCCAGAUGAACCUACUCCAGAUGACAAACCAACCCCAGAUGAGCCCAUAGUACCUUAAGAUGAAGAGGGUCCAACUGAUGAACCACCUGUUAAUCCAAAUACUGAAGAAUCACCUGAUGAACCAACAGUCGCAGAAGAGGGAACUGAAGAAUGGACUAUUCCAGGAGAAGAACCAGAACAACCAAUCCCAACACCUGAUUAACCAGAGGAAGAUCAAGAAGAAUCAUCAAAUCCACCUGUUUCUCCUGAUCCUUUAGUAUUCCCAGAGGAACACGAAGAAUAAUUCGGUUUCGAAGAAACUCCACUUCCACCUGUUUCUCCUGAUCCUUUAGUGUUCCCAGAAGAACAAGAAGAAUAAUUCAUUUUUGAAGAAACACCCCUUCCACCUGUUACUCCUGAUGCUGUACUAUUUCCAGAGGAAGAAGAAUAUUUUAAUUAUGAAGAAUCACCACUCCCACCUGUCAGUCCAAAUGUAGUAUUGCCUGAAGAAGAAGAAGAAUAAUUCAAUUUUGAAGAAACCCAAAUUCCACGAGCAUCUCCACUACGUUCUCCAUUCUCAGAAGAACAUGAAGAAUUCGUUUUUGAAGAAUAACCUGAGGAAGAAGAAGGUCCACGUGUUUGCCAUUCAUCAGAAUCUACAGAUAUAUUAGAAUUGGCAGCUACUUAACUUGACCCUGAAUUUACUAGCACACUUACAAUUAUAGGUCAUUAUGGUUUUGGUUUAUACUUCUAAAAAUUGUAAAAAUAUCCAGCCUUAGCUGAGGGCAAUGAAUUCCAUUUAGCCAGUUUAUAAGAUAAUGGUAAUACAGUUUUGGGAGUAUUUGUAACUAAUACAGGUGUUAAAUGCGUUACUGCUGAUGGAACGACAUAUUAAUCUACAUCUGUACCGAAUAAUGACAUUGAAGGUGAUUGGAGUUUUGUAUUCAUCAGUCAUGGUUAAGGAGUUACUGGAUGUGGAGUCAAAUUCUUUGAAGAAUAAACAGCAUUGAGAUAAACUCCUGCUUCCCAUCCAACAUACACUAGUUUAGACUUCAAGAUUGGUGGACCAUAAGAUUCUCAUCCAUCCUUCUAAGGAAAAGUAUAUGGACAUUAUGCAGUUUCAGCAUCAAAUCUACGCUUCACUAGUUAAAUAAAAUAUAAUUUACUUGUUUAUCCAUGCAAUAGUCCUCCUGAAGAAGAAGUUUGUGAAUAAGAGACUGAUGAAUUAGGAGAUUAUGAAUUUUAUGGAUUUGAGGAUACAUCUGAUGAAACAUUUGACUUUUCAACUUGGGAUGCUGGUUACUCUGUUUCUGGUUGGAUCAAAUGGGAACCAAUAGAAGAUUAAGAUGUUUGGCACACUGUCUUCAGAUUAUCUGAAAAUCCAGAUGCUAAUUUGGAAGAGAUUAAAUUAGGAGAUAGAGAUUUGGCUGUUUAUAUUGGUAAUUAUAUGGUUGGAAAUGUAUUCUAAUUUACUACUUACACAUAUUCAGGAUCUGGUAAUCCUAAUUUGUGGGACUCUCUCAGUUAUGGAGUAACCUUGGGUCAAUGGCAACAUAUUUACUUUGGAUAUAACAGAAAACUUAGAUUCGCUAGUUAUUGUGUUAAUAUCGUGUUUAUAGAGCAACCAUUGGUUGGAGCAAAUUAAAUUUAUGAUGCUCGCCAUUAUCUUGUACCUUGGAGGAGACUCUACAUUGGUAAUGAUGGUUUAUACCCUGCUUUCAGUGGACAAUUCUAUAAUUGGCGUGUCAAUCGUUGUAUUGGUUUUCCUGCUCGUGAUGUUGUAUAUUCACCAGAUGACAUACCUUUUGGAUAUAAUCCUCUCCCUGAAGUUCCUGAAAGUCGUCAGAUUCCAUAAAUUGAAACAUUUGCAUCCCCUGAAGAAGAAUAACCAUAUUGGGGAGAAGAAGAAUAAGAAAGUGUUCCUGUUGCACCAGAUGCUGUUCCAAAUGUUUUCCCUGAAGAGGAAUCAAUUUGGCCAGAAGAAGAGGAAGAGUUUGUUCCUCCUUAAACAUUUGCAUCCCCUGAGGAAGAANCAUCUGAAUCUACAGAUAUAUUAGAAUUGGCAGCUACUUAACUUGACCCUGAAUUUACUAGCACACUUACAAUUAUAGGCCAUUAUGGUUUUGGUUUAUACUUCUAAAAAUUGUAAAAAUAUCCAGCCUUAGCUGAGGGCACUGAAUUCCAUUUAGCCAGUUUAUAAGAUAAUGGUAAUACAGUUUUGGGAGUAUUUGUAACUAAUACAGGUGUUAAAUGUGUUACUGCUGAUGGAACGACAUAUUAAUCUACAUCUGUACCGAAUAAUGACAUUGAAGGUGAUUGGAGUUUUGUAUUCAUCAGUCACGGUUAAGGAGUUACUGGAUGUGGAGUCAAAUUCUUUGAAGAAUAAACAGCAUUGAGAUAAACUCCUGCUUCCCAUCCAACAUACACUAGUUUAGACUUCAAGAUUGGUGGACCAUAAGAUUCUCAUCCAUCCUUCUAAGGAAAAGUAUAUGGACAUUAUGCAGUUUCAGCAUCAAAUCUACGCUUCACUAGUUAAAUAAAAUAUAAUUUACUUGUUUAUCCAUGCAAUAGUCCUCCUGAAGAAGAAGUUUGUGAAUAAGAGACUGAUGAAUUAGGAGAUUAUGAAUUUUAUGGAUUUGAGGAUACAUCUGAUGAAACAUUUGACUUUUCAACUUGGGAUGCUGGUUACUCUGUUUCUGGUUGGAUCAAAUGGGAACCAAUAGAAGAUUAAGAUGUUUGGCACACUGUCUUCAGAUUAUCUGAAAAUCCAGAUGCUAAUUUGGAAGAGAUUAAAUUAGGAGAUAGAGAUUUGGCUGUUUAUAUUGGUAAUUAUAUGGUUGGAAAUGUAUUCUAAUUUACUACUUACACAUAUUCAGGAUCUGGUAAUCCUAAUUUGUGGGACUCUCUCAGUUAUGGAGUAACCUUGGGUCAAUGGCAACAUGUUUACUUUGGAUAUAACAGAAAACUUAGAUUCGCUAGUUAUUCUAUUAAUAUCGUGACUAUAGAGCAACCAUUGGUUGGAGCAAAUUAAAUUUAUGAUGCUCGCCAUUAUCUUGUACCUUGGAGGAGACUCUACAUUGGUAAUGAUGGUUUAUACCCUGCUUUCAGUGGACAAUUCUAUAAUUGGCGUGUCAAUCGUUGUAUUGGUUAUCCUGCUCGUGAUGUUGUAUAUUCACCAGAUGACAUACCUUUUGGAUAUAAUCCUCUCCCUGAAGUUCCUGAAAGUCGUCAGAUUCCAUAAAUUGAAACAUUUGCAUCCCCUGAAGAAGAAUAACCAUAUUGGGGAGAAGAAGAAUAAGAAAGUGUUCCUGUUGCACCAGAUGCUGUUCCAAAUGUUUUCCCUGAAGAGGAAUCAAUUUGGCCAGAAGAAGAGGAAGAGUUUGUUCCUCCUUAAACAUUUGCAUCCCCUGAGGAAGAACAACCAUAUUGGGGAGAAGAAGAAGAAUACGUCCCUGUUCCACCAUCUGAAUAACCUCCUGUUAUUCCUGAUGAAAUUUAACCAGAACCAUUGCCUGAGCCUGAACCUUAACCAGAGCCCCAACCAGAACCUGCACCUGCACCUAAACCAGCCCCAGGACCUGCUCCUACUUCUGAACCAUAAGUUCCAGCAGUCAAAGAGUAUUAAAUAAUUGCUUAUGUAUUUUUAGAUGUGAAGCAACAAUUGAUGUCACUAAAGAAAAUGCUGCAGAUAUUUUAUGCGCUAUUUCAGAGUAUUUGGCUUAAUUAGCUUCUGGCCAUGUCCCAGAAUUAGGUAUCAAUCCAUCAAGAGUUUGUUUCUGUUUGCAAUAUGAUGAUAGUAAUAUUAGUGUAGAUUAUUUAAUAGGCGAGUCCAAUGAAUCUUUCAUGCAAGUCGAGGCCAUUCUUAAAGAAAAUGAUGCUUUUACUAUUAAUAAAUUAGUUGCCUAAAGAAGAAUUUGAUUU